AUGGCUCGCUUGGUCACACAACUACUGCCAAAGCUUUUUUUCCUCAGCACCCUCCUGCGCAUAGCCAGCUCCCACCCCACCGCCACCACGACCAACCGUCUUCUCCUCCUCCCUCGCGACCCCAAAGACUGCACCGCCCCAGACGCCAACUGCACGUGCCAGGAGUGGACAUUUGCGUCCAAGGACUGGACCGUGGCCAACUUUGCCUACCGCAUCUCGGUCCCCGUCUUCAACCCGGAAGAAACCUCACGGGAGGAGGAACCGGUGCCGUUCGCCAGCCUUGUCACCUUUGUCGUCGAGAACAAGGCGCUCGACUACAACGCCGUCUGCAACGCCACGAGCACCGGACAAGACCAGGAAGACGCAGACGCCUCGUUCGACGGCGGGAAGUGGUACGACUGCGUCCAGGACAAGCCUGGAGAGGAUGGCGUGACGAGCUUCAGCUACGACAGGGCAAAGGAUAGGCUCGAGGUCAAGCAGACCUGGGAGUGUCUCCAUGAGGGAUACUUCUACAGAUACAAGGCCACCGGCGGUGCCGAGGCCAAGGUUGUGUGUGCCGAGGCAGAGUGGGAGAACCCGGACUGGAAGGAAGGGCAGACUUACCAGCUCAACAUCACAGAGUGCCAGGCUAAGCACCGUCCUAUGCAGGUGCCGUGGGCAGAAAUAACAGGUAACUGA